AUGCUAAACAAAAGAAUUCUCAAAUUUCCAAAGAUGAUAUUAUGGAUACAUUUCGUUAUGCUAGGUAUUGCUAACUGCAAAGAUAGCACAUGCAAUUCUAUUCCAUAUAUACAUCUACUACCUGAUAAAGGUCAGAAAAUUCUAGACCCUGUAACUACCAGUAAAGAAAAAUCGAAACAUACAUUUCCAGAGAAAAAUUAUACCAUUUCACAAUCUAAUGGAGUCACAAUAAUUGCAACUAAAAACAAUACAUAUAGGUAUGUAUUUACGUUUGAGCGUUCUACAGAAGAAAAAGAUGAAACGGUCUCAGAGGAAAAUACGAAACCUUCAAUAAAAUGGAUGUUUGGUAAAGGAAAUAUGAAUUGUACCAUGAUGACCAAAGUAAAGAUAAAUACAAAAUCUGCAAAUACCUCUAAAUUAGUAGACAUUACGUCUAAACUUUCUAAAACUACACCACAAGUAAAUGGUGUGGAAGCGUUAUUCACAGUAAUCCUGGUUAAAAUACAGAUUAUUCAGAAGGUAUCGAAUUUCCUGAUAGUGAUGAGUAUUAUGUAG